AUGAAAUCAGUUGGGGUCCGGGCGGACCCCAGGUGGGCGGAUGAGGGUUCUGCGUACAAAACAGUUGAAAUCAACCCUGAUCUUCAGCCGAAAAAUAUUACUUAUGGGCACUUGCUACCUUUGAACACAUUGUGGCUGGCUGAAAUUGAACGAGAACAUUUUUUCACACACUUAUUAACACGGUUUAAUGAUGAUGCGAAAUAUGGAAAAAAAUCUCAUUAUAAACUCCAAUAUACACGAAAAAAUGGUCCGUAUAACUCCAAAUCAUCCAAUCCCAUUUUACAAGCAUUUAUGAAUGCAUAUAAUAAUCAUGAAGACUUAAUUCUAUCACCGGAUGAUAUAUGGUUAUUGAUUACCAUUAAUUAUGCAAAAUAUGUUAAUAGUAAUUCUGAACUACUUCGACAUUUUUUUGUUGAGCAUGAAGGCAAAAAAACGUUGACAGUGAUAGAAGACGUGUGUAAAGAUGAAAAUGAUUGGACAGAUUUUUUUGGUAACAUGAAGAAAGAAAUCGAAAAAGGAGUUAAAAAUAGCAGUAUUGUGAACACAUUGAUAUCAAAUUAUUCAACAACAACUCAAGUUGAAUCCAUUUUAUCUUUUGCCACAAUUAUGGAUACAUUUAAAAAUUAUUUUGAUUAUGGCAGAUUUAUACCGGCAUGUGAUAUACGUAAGGGGGAAAAGGCGGAUCCAGGAUCCCCACGGAUCCGCCAAGAUCCCCACGGAUCCGCAGAGAUCCUCACGGAUCCGCAAAGAUCCCCACAGAUCCGUCUCAAUAUUCUUCCGCUGAAGCAGCACAAUCCUGUUCCCAAAACAGAACAGUCUGAGUCGCGAAACAGGACAAUAGUGUUCCCGAAACGGAACAGUCCGGUUCUUUUAUUGGGAGAAUUUCCUGGAUAA